CCACAUUCUAGAGUACCUGGUUACUGAGUGACUGUCUUGUCAACCGAGUUCAAUGACAAAAUGAUGCUGACAUUACAUUUCGUUUUGCUUCUACUCAUCACGGAGGACGUGAUCGGUCUUCCCUGUUUAACCAAUGAGUCAAAAGAGGAUUUCGAUAAAUCCAGAAAAGCCCUAACAGUGGUACAAAGCGAUAUUGGAAAAGUUGUCAAUACACUUGAGAGUAACCAUCAACAGACUAUCAAAACAUUAGAGUCAGCACUAAAACAAACUGUUUCAAUCAUGGAAAAUAAUGUUAAAAAGACAACUGAUGUUUUAAAGAACAACCUCGGGACAUUUAAAACUACGCUGAACAGCAUGGGUCAGAAAAUAAAGAAACUAGAUACUGAUUUUAAAGUGUUGGGAAAAGAUUUUAGAAAGACGAAAUGGAUCAAAUAUGACGGACAUUGUUACUACUAUAGUACUGAAACCAAAGACUGGUUUACAGCAGAGAAAAGUUGUAGGGAAAUUGGUGGAUACCUUGCAAAAGAAGACAGCACUGAUGAAAGAAAUAAUAUUUAUUCAAAUGUAAACAAGAGCUAUAACUACUGGAUCGGUUUGACAGACUUAAAAGAAGGAGAAUUCCGCUGGACAUAUGAUCAGAGCAAAACUGAGGUUAAAAAUUGGCAUCCAGGUUAUGGUAGCAAAGGAACAAAUAACAACUGCGUGGCAACUAGCUAUCAUGCGAGUAAACUGAAUUUUUUCGACUACAGUUGUUCUACCGAGUAUCAAUACAUCUGUGAAAGCAACUUUUGUUUCUGAGACUAAAUGUUCUGCUGCAGAGUUUUAAAAUCUUGAUGACACAGAAAUCCAAAGACGAUUUUUCCUUAAUAAAUUGUUUCUAACAUUC